GGUAAAUACUACUGCAGUGUUUGACAAUCUGCACUUAGUCUCGCUCGUUUUACUGUUAAUAAAUGUUAUCAGGUGAAAGCAAUUGGUAAUAAUGGCAUUUGAUUAGUGCUCCAGUGCUUGUGUACUUUGGUGGUUUAAUAAUUUAGUUACAAUACACAAUACAGAGUCAUAUCUAUCUAACUCGACUUUAAAGCUGGUUAGGAAAAAUAUUAACUUAGUAGACUGCUAUAUCGAUAUUUGCAAGAGUUCAUAACAAAUAAUCAAGCAAAUAUAAAUUGGAUUUUAUUGACACUAUAAAUAUUAAUCAUGACGAAGUAGUGUUAGGUAUUGAAUAACAAAUCAGUGCUGAUAUGGCCAAGUUUAUAAAGUCGAUAUUUAAUACAACGGAAAGGAGAAAAUCUCGAUACGAAGACGCGGAGGAAGACAAAAACAACUUCACACCGCCUCUGGAUGACAGAAGGAAACUGUCAAUCUCGAGAUCAGGGCGUUUGAAACAAGCUAAUAAAAAAAGACAUUCAUUGUCUUUGGAACUUUACAAUCAGGAAAUGGAAAUGUAUGAAAAGAGGAACAGCAAUGAUUCUAAUGUUGCGAACAAACAGAAUGAAUCAAAGAUAUCGAAAAAUAUUCAAAAUAGCACCGAAAUAAUUACGCCAGAGGAACAAAUUGAAAGCGCAUUUUCAGUAAUCGACAAAACAUAAGUUAUGUAAGUCUGUAAAAAGACAAUUACAUAUUACUAAGAAUACUUUAAAAUUUUUAAUAUAUUGCUUCUCGUAUUUCACGUACAUAUAUAUAUACGUAUAUAUAUAUAUAUAUAU